UCUAUAUAAUUGUCUGAGGACCUUCACUCGGCAGUCCCCACGAGUUAACAUUCAGAUCAUCUGACUCUCAGACAAAUAAGCCACAGACACAGCACUGAUUUCCUCCAAGACACCACCUAAUGGAGAAGUUCAAGAGGUCACAAGUGUUGAUGCUCGCACUUCUGCUUGCACUUCUCAUAGCGACACCGCUUCUCUCCUCAAACUUAAGGUCUCCAUACCUUUACCUCAUCUUCAACCUCCUCAUCAUAACACUCGGAGCAGAAGCUGGCCUUCUCUCCGUCUCCUCAAAGCCUUCGGAUGACAAAAGAACUGCGAAUCAUGCCCCAAAACCGAUAACCGCCACGAUCGUGGCUCCAGACACAGCUCCAACUCCUGAUAAAGAAGGAGAUGCCACUAUAGAGAAACCCAUUAUUUCUUCUGAGAGCAUUGAGAAGAAAACUCCUGAAAGCAAUGAAAAGAAGACCAAGUGCGUGCAGAAAUCUGCUUCUGAGAAGAUGAGUGCAGGCGCAGCGAAAAAGGAGAAGGUCAAGAAGUGCCCCUCCACGCCAAGCCUGUUCUUCAUUGGUGGUGGAGAGGCUGAGGCAGAGAAAUAUGAGUCCGAGGAGGACAGCGAAGAAGAUGAAGAGCCAGAGCAGGCUGAGGGGAUCAGCAGGCAAGAGCUGUUCACCAAAUCCGAGACCUUCAUAGGGAACUUCUACAAGCAGCUGAAGAUGCAGAGGGAAGACUCAUGGAAGAAGAUCCAUGGUCUGUACCAGAAAGCCUUUUGAAGACCAGUUGCUUCACGUAUUAUGAAUAUCAGAUUAGUCUAGCUAGUCGAGACGGCAAUUAGGAGAAUCUGCUCGGGUCUCAUGGAACCUGAUUAAGGGAUGUCAUUUGUACUGAACUAGAAUAUCAAUGUAGUUAUCCAAUUGCAAUUGCUGGUAUAUCCUCAAUGAUGGUGCUUUGAUUGUUCAUCAAAAUUUACUUGGUUUCUGCAAAUAAUUUCAUAUAAAAGAGCACUGUGGAGGAGGGAGGCUCUUCAUUUCUUUCACUGCAAUCCAUGUAGGAGGUGCAUAAGGCAGCGGAUGAUUUUUUGACACCGCCGUUGAGGACGAUGAAAGUGUCCGGCUUAUUUGUCUCUUUUUCUGUUCAGUUUACCCAAAUCGGCCGCAUCAUCAGCUCAGUUAGAGGUCAUCAACUUGCCCUAUUCCAUCAACCCGAAAAGACUAAUUUAGUGGAGAACAGAUUCUAACAGUGACAUCGCUAGCUUUCUCCGCACAAAAUUCU